CCUGUGUUGAUAUUGAUCAGUGCCAUUUCUAAUCCGGGAGGAGCAGGGUCAACACGAACAUCGAUUGGGUGAUUUGUGUCAGUUGUUUGAUUGAUUGGUUGGGUCAUUCGGUAGGGGUUCCUUGCGACGCGUACUCUGCUCCCUGGGUUCUGUGGACCUCAACAAGGUUAGCGACACGGACACACUCACAGGCACACACACACACACACACACGCACACACACACUUGCACACACAGAGAGAGAGAGAGAGAGAGAGAGAGAGAGAGAGAGAGAGAGAGAGAGAGAGAGAGAGAGAGAGAGUCUCGUUUGUGCUGCGUGCUUGAGUCGUGGCCUGUUUUGUACGGAUUCUUCUCCCUAGGGGUGGUGAUUGAAACGGUCUUCCGCCAAAAGGGAGAACGGUCGUAAGCCGGGGAGAGGAGGAGCAAGGAGGUAGGGAAGGAAGUGGGAAAAGACAGAUGGGGCGGCGUGAAGAUUCGAUGUGCUCGUCCUCGCCGCAUGACGAGGAGUACGUAAGGGGUGAUUCAAAAAAGGGAGGUGGUUCUCAUAAGCGUCGCAGCUACGGAAGCUUGCAAACAUUGUCAGAGGAGUAUGGCGUAUCGAGGCGGAAACGACGGCGAGAAAUUAGCGGCAGCAGCAGUCCGAGCAGGAGUUCAAGUCCUCGACCUCCACGGGCUAGGAGGACGGGGAGGUGGCAUGGAGAAAGACGCCAAUCCCCUCUGGCGUCAUUGUCGUCGUCCUCAACCUCCUCCUCCUCAUCUUCGUCAUUAGAAGAUAGCGAUACCUCCCACGGGGACUCUCAUUUGGCGCCGGACGACGGACAGGGCCACGUGGCUAGAGCUGGGGAACGGACGAGCAGUCGGCCUUGUCUUGUCGAGCCGCGACGUCAUGCGGAUCUCGACGACGGGUCAGCCUGUCCUCUCUACACGUCUAGAGGGCAGGAGGAUGGAGGAAACGACGACCGUCGUCGUCAAGGGGAUAAACUGGCGGAGUCAGAGGUACUGCCAGCUGAUGGUGGUCCCGUGCACGACGGCGCGAUUGGCAUGGGGAUGGAGGUAAGAGAAUGCGCCACGAAAGCGCAGGGAGGGGAGGAGGAGCGAAAGGAAGACGGGUGCUUGCACUUCGCUCACGGGUCUCCACAGCUGAGUCCAAGGCGAAGGUUCCUUGCCAGUCCUAGCCCGAAGGUGAGUGCCCAUUUUAGCCCGACUCCCAGCGUGAGUCUUUCGCCACAUGUGCAGCGCAGCCAUAGCUCCGAGACGAGCAGCAGCCCGAGCUCUAUCCACAUCCCUGUGUGGCAGUCGAAACCUCCGAGGGCGACCCCGGACGCCAGGAGAGGACAGCGGAGCCCUCAUCCUUCGCCAAUAAGUCCUCACAGGAGGAGGCAUCGCUCAAGCACCACGAGAAGUGCAAGCAGUGGGCGAGGCUCACUGGGGAGGGGGCGGAGCGGUACUAGCCAUAUAAAGGGCGAGAGUCCAUGUAAUCCUACACCUACUCCUCCGCCUCCGUCUUCUCCUCCUCCUCCUCUCCCUCCUCCUCCUCCUCCUUCUCCUCCCCCGCCUUCCGCUCCACCUCCCUCUUCGUCCCCGUCCCUUCCCUCACCCCCUUCCUCCGCUCCUGGGUUGUCCCCCCCCUCGUCCCCCACUCCCAUCUGCUCUGCGCCGCCAGAACCUGGAGGCGACCCUCGAGAACAUGGUGCCGGAGGGGUUGGUCACUGCGAGCUGGUACAGGAUACACUGUCACCAUUAAGCUCUCCAGAGAGCAGCGGAAUUGAUAAGCAGAGCGAUCAGCGCGGUGGCGCGCAGUGUCACACCGAUGCCCCCGCAGUAUCGCGGGAGGAGUUAGAGAGGGGAAAUAAGGCUGGUCAGGCGAAGGGAAAGGAGGUGGGGCAGAGGGACGAGCGAGGAGAGGGGGUUGUGACGGACUCUUGCCGGGUGUUAACCAGGAGUGAUGCCGCAGUACAAGACGACAGAAAGGAGAAGAGAAAGGCGAGGCCAAGGGGCGAUGAGGGUAGGGCUGUGGAGGAGGACGUGGAUGAUCACACUGAUGAUGAUAAGGAGCGUGUGAAAAGGGUGAGGCGAUAUGACAGGAAGAAUGUAGUAGGUCCUCGGGAGGAGGGGGAGAUAGCGGACGAAGACGAUGAGGAGGAGGAGAAAGAGGCGGGAGCUCCUUGUACGCGCAGGCAUAUGGAGGGCAAGGGAAAGAACUCCGGUGAAAUGAAGAGCGGUUCGGAGGCGAAGAGGGAGAGGAAAGCAGACUCCGGACAACAUGACGAUGAUGGUGGUGGUGGCGGGAAAGGCUGUCACUGGGAUGAGAGCGAAAGGAGGGAGCAGGGCAUCGGCGCAAGAAGGGAUGAGGAAGAAGCAGGAACGCGGGCUCAGGAGCGGAGACAGCAGGAGUGGGAGAACGACAGUGGAGGAAAAAACGAGGAAAACGGGGAGAGAAGGCGGGACCCCGCCGGAAGGGCACGGCGAGAAGUGGAAAGGCGAUUAGGGAGCGACGUGGCGGCGGGCGAUUGGAGGGAAGGACGAUUGAGAGAGCGGGGAAAAAACGCGGGAAGUAGAGACAAGGAAAAUGGGGAGAAACGGAUGGGCGAGAAGGCACAAGGAGAAGAAAUGGGCAAGCACUGGGAAAGCGGCAUGGCGGCGGGUUUGGAAGAGAGACGAAGGCAUCGGGAAGGUCAUGACAAGGGAGGAGAUAGGCGUACGGGUAAGUGGAGAGAGAGCCGAAGUGCUGUAGCAGAGCGGGAUGAAAGAAGAGCUCGACAUCGAGGAGACGACCACCUUAGCCUCCGACAUCGGAAGGCGAGAGAUGGGGGACGGCAACCUGGCAACCGGGGGCGUGCGAAUGAAGAAGAUGGUGGCGAUGAUGAUGAUAAUGAUGAGAAUCGGAAGAUGCCAAGGGACAGGGAUAGAGGAGACCGCGUACGGAUGGACAACAAGACAGGACCUACGAAGGGCGAUGACGAGUUGAAGGGAGGUGGGAGCAAGAGGAGCCAGGACCGAGCAGCCAAGGCGGAGAAUGGUGGGGGCAAUAGAGAGCCGCCGAGUCGGCAUCGAAAUCCCGACAGAAUGUGCAAUGAUGGGGAUGGUGUGGAGGGGAGGGGGAGAGAGGCUGGGGGCACUGAGUACCGUCAUCGGGAUCGAAAGAUAUGCAAGGGCGAAGAGAGGGAAAGAGGAGAUGAGGAGCGGGAGAAGCGAAGCCGCAGACGAGAGCGGGAGCGGGCCAGCAGGCGGAGGAGGGAGGAGCUGGGAUCGAGAUACGAUAUAGAUUGUGAUGGGGGUGGAAGACUUGAGAGGGGUGGAGGAGAGAACGAAGAGGGCGGCGGAUGUGAGGACUCGAAGAAGGGCGUGAUAAAGGCAGAGAGAGGGGGAGAGAGAGAGAGUGACAGGGAAAGAGAAGGACGUGAUCACGGAAGUCGCAAGGAGAAUGGGAGCAGAGGAGGAGGCGAUCGUGAAAGAGAGAGGGAGGAGGAGGGGAGCAAGCGGCAGGCUAGAAGAGGAGGCUUUGAGAAGAGGGGUAAUACCGAUAGUUCAAAUCGAGAUAAAGGAGAGGCGGAGGCGGGGUCGCGAAGGGGCUUGAGAGAUGCAAGAAGACGAGAAAGAGGCCAGCAGGAUAGAGCAGGAGAAGGGAGGAUAAACUAUUCAGAGGAGAGGGAGGAGGAGGCUAGGCAUGGUGACGGCACCGAGAAGAAGCGGCAAGGUGGGGAGGACCAUUCUGCGGGCGGCAGCUGGGCGGGAGCCGUCGAUCUCAAAGGCAGUAGAAGAGCGAUUGAGGGAAUGGAUAAGAGAGGGAGUAUGGAAACUGAUAGCGAGGAGGAUUGGCAGGAAAGAAGUCGGAGGCGGGGAUCUAGGAGAAAGCGAGGGCGUGCUGAAUCCCCCGUGAGUGAACGAGGCACACCUGAGGGUAAGAGGAGAGCAUUCCGGGAGGACGAGAGGGCGGGGAGAGGGGAGAGGGAGGGCGGGAGGAAGAAGAGCGGCGCAGUAGCAGCAGGAGCAACGACAGCAGCAGCAGCAGCAGCAGCGGAGGAGAGAGCGGGGGGCAACGGGGAAAGUGCCAAGGAUAGCGGCAGCCGGGGUAUUAGAAGCGGAGGCGAAGCAGUAGGAGGAGGGGGAGAUAAGGUAGCAACAGGUUUGGGGAAGACGGGUGGCGUCUACAUACCACCUUUCAAGUUGGCACAGAUGAUGAAGUCCGUUACAGACAAAACGAGCGAGGAGUAUCAGCGAAUGACAUGGGACGCUCUGAGGAAGAGCAUCAACGGGUUAGUGAAUAAAGUGAACACGUCUAACGUAAAGAAUAUCGUUCGGGAGCUUUUCGCGGAGAAUUUGAUUAGAGGGCGAGGCGUUUUCGCGCGGUCCAUUCUGAAGUCCCAGAUGGCGUCUCCCGUUUUCACGCCUGUGUACACGGCGGUUGUUGCGGUGGUAAACACGAAGUUCCAGGGGCUGGGUGAACUGGUCCUCAAGAGGACAAUCCUGCAGUUCAAGAGAGCUUUCCGGCGGAACGACAAGCCCGUCUGCGUGGCCGUGACGAAGUUCAUAGCCCAUCUCGUGAACCAGCAAGUGGCACACGAAAUUCUCGCUUUGGAGCUGCUAACGCUGCUUCUAGACCAGCCGACGGACGACAGUGUUGAGGUGGCCGUGGGUUUCAUCAAGGAGUGCGGAGCUAUUCUGUCGGACGUCGCGCCCACGGCCCUUCACUACGUAUUCGAGAGGUUUCGAGCUGUGCUCCACGAGGGAGAGAUCGACAAGAGGGUUCAGUUCAUGAUCGAGGGCUUGUUUGCGAUCCGCAAGGCCAAUUUCUCAGGCUUCCCGGCGGUGGUCCCGGAGCUGGACCUGGUAGACACAGAGGACCAGGUGGUGCACAAGCUGUCCUUGGACGAUCCGCUGGACCCGGAGACCGGGCUGGACAUCUUCAAACCGGAUCCAGAGUACGCGGAGCACGAGAAGAAGUAUGAGGAGCUGAAGCGAGAGAUAUUGGGAGACGACGAUGAUGAAGAAGACGAGGAUGACGGAGUGGAGAGCGAUGACGAUGAAGAUGACGAGGAAGACGAGAACGACGAUGAUGACCAGAGCGACCAAGAAGCCGGGGGAAUGCAGAUCGAAGAUCAGACCGACACCAAUCUAGUGAACCUGCGCCGCACGAUCUACCUGACAAUCAUGAGCAGCGUCGAUUUCGAGGAGGCUGGGCAUAAGUUGCUGAAGAUCAAGCUGGCGCCAGGACAGGAGAUGGAACUGUGUACCAUGCUACUGGAGUGUUGCUCUCAAGAAAGAACCUACCUUCGCUAUUAUGGCCUGCUGGGACAGAGGUUUUGCAACUUGGACAAACGGUAUCAGGAGCUAUUCGAUGAGUGCUUCAUGAAGCAGUACGCUAUGAUUCACAGAUUGGAGACGAACAAGCUGAGGAAUGUGGCCAAGUUCUUUGCCCAUCUUCUGGGAACGGAAGCGCUGACGUGGCAUGUGCUGGCGUACAUAAGGCUGACGGAGGAGGAUACCACGUCAUCCUCUCGCAUUUUCAUCAAGAUCCUCUUCCAGGAGCUCUCUGAACACCUGGGGCUGAGGAGGCUUAACGAGAGGCUCUGCGAGCCCGCCAUGCAGGGGUCGUUCGAAGGGAUAUUCCCCAAGGACAAUCCGAAGAACACGAGGUUUGCGAUCAACUUCUUUACCUCUAUCGGUCUGGGUGGACUCACCGAUGGACUGCGAGAGUACUUGAAGAGCAUGCCAAAGCUCAUCAUGCAGCAGCAGAAGCCAAUUUUGGAGAACGGAGCAUUUGGCGAGGAAGAGGAGGAGGAGGGUGGGGAAGGAAGGAAGCGAAGAGUGGGAAGUGAAGGGAGGGAGGAGGAAGAGUCAAUGACCAGAAGCAGCAGCAUGACCACCAGCAGCAGUAGCACAACGACUACUUCCAGCAGAUCCUUAACCAGCAGCACCAGUGGCACUAGCAGUGGCAGCGAUUGUGAGAGCAGCGGUAGAGGCGGCAGCAGCAGCGAUGAUAGCGAUAGCGCUGAUGGCAGGCGGAGUGAGGAAAAGAGAAGGCGAAACCGGAGGAGCAGGAAAACGAGCAAGAGUCGUAGCAGUAAGAAGACGCGGUGAAAGCUCCAGUGACGAGCCACCGUAGGGCUUCAGCUUGGGUUCUUGUCUUGCUUUGGUGGAUUGAUUGGCAGCAGUGUAGCUGUGGGGAUGUGAAGAGAUGCUUGUUUGAUUUUUUCACCGCCAUCUUUGGCCGUAGGACAGACGUUGUUCAGUGUGUAGGCAAUUCUGUACAUUUUUUUGGUUCCCUUCUUUUGUGCUAUAUCAAGUACCGGCUUGUGUUGACCGCUCCCUUGGGGUGUAUAGUUGUCUCAUGUGCUGGUAUACACGCGCACACACGCACACGUGCACACACACGCGCGCACACACACACACACACACACACACACACACACACACGCACACACAACGUCCUAACGACUUAGUCUGUCAUAGUCACCCUUUCUCGUAGAGUUCUGUUAACUAAUACGAAACAAACUCACAGACACGCAUUCUGAUGACUCAAUGUGACAGUCAUGCGUUGUUUUGUGCAGUUGUCUAUAUUAAACAUGACAAAACAUGUGCGCAUGCACGCAGGAUUGCACGAACACAUGCAUAUCCGUUCUUGCAGAUGCUUCUGACGAGUCCGUGAAAGGGGGUGUUAGAUGAAAGAGAAGUCUGUCACAGCCAUGCUUUUCUCUGGAUUUGUAUAGCGAGCAUGGCAACACACACACAAGGAGAAACAGGACAAUCUGUCACAGCCAAGUUGAGGGUUCGCGGGACCACUCACUUGCCCAUCCCUCGAUAUCUCUGCAUUCCGCGGAAAAGAGCCAGGGGGUGAGGCCGUACUGCUGGUUAUUGUGUGCAGUGCAGGCAAUAUCGACAGUCAUGUCUGGUGAGUGGGCUUUUGUAUGUGGGUUCGGUCGUCUUCUUUGGACGGGCUUGUGAACGAAUUCCUGAUUGGUAGGAGUUCGGGAUUGCUGACGGUGCUCAGCCAGGGGUUAUCGGCUGUUCUCCACACUGCAAAGAGGCACUGUUGCCAUUCUUCAGGCUCAGCGGGUAGGGAUGAAACCGUGUGAGCAUUCUCGUCUGCAACUAUGCAGGAGGUUGUCACACGUAAACUGGAACUCUUCAGGGUUGUUGUACCUUCUGUCUAGGGUGACAGUCUUCAGGCUCAGCGGGUAGGGAUGAGACCGUGUGAGCAAUCUCAUCUGCGACUGUGCAGGAGGUUGUCACACCUGAACUGAAAUUCCUCAGGGUUGUACCUUGUGUCUGGGGUGACAGUAAUGCCUCGGGUGACUUGAGUUGUCUGGCUUAUUGCGUUAAGGAAGGAAGGAGGUUACUCUUCCCAUGUGAUUGAAGAGUGUUGGCCUUGAGGUAUCAUCAUGGAACUCGCAGGCCCCAGCUAAUUCAGAGUUGUUUUGUUAAUCUGAUUCCAGCCUGAUUCAAACUAAUGUCGGUCUACCAACAAUUACAUGGGUGUACCAUUCAGCCACAUGCGC